AUGGAGAAGUGGUGGUACACGGUGGCGGUGGUUAUGGCCGAAGGUGGACGGGCUGGGCCGAGCGGAGAUGGUGGAGCGCGGUGGAGGAGGGGGCCGAGAGGGUGGAGGAGGGACGGAGGAGGUGGUGCGGCGGAGGGAUGGCAGAAAGGGGACGGUGGGUCGGAGCUCUCUCUCUCUGGACGAAACAGGAGAGGAUGGGGAGAUGAAGAAAAGAAAAAGAAAAGUGGAGUGGGAGGUGGAGUGUUGAAGUUGUUGGAUGGGAAAGGAGGCAGGCAUGGUGAUGGUGGGGAAGGGGGGCUGCCGAAUCUGGCAGAGGGAGAGGGUGGUGGAGUAUUGGUUUGGGUUGGGAAAAAAUGA